GACUGUCAUGGUGGCGCGUAGUUUGUUAAAUUUUUAGCGGCUGUGUACAGUGUCGACAUUAAUAUUUUGAAAUAAUUAAUUAAAUAUACUUGUUUUUCUUUAAAGUCUGAGUGUUAAUAAAAACACCAAUCAAACAAAAUGAGUUACAGGGAUUCUUACUCACUAUUCCCAAGAUCCUAUUCAUACUGCGCAGCUAAUGAGCAGCGCGUAGGAUCUUACCUAAGGACCCUAAUGAGUUUCGGGUCGACGCCUUCUUCGGUGCUGAGCUCAUUGUCGUCGUUCCGGUCGAGGCCCUUCGCUGACAUCUCAUACAACCCGACGCCCGACGUGAAUGAGGUCUACCCGGGUUUAUAUGUCGGCGAUGCAGUGGCGGCCAAAGAUAAGGCAUUUUUGCGCCGAAUGCGGAUCAACUACGUGCUCAACACGGCCGAGGGGAAGCGCUACACGCAGGUGGACACCGACCACCUGUACUACCGCGACUGCCCCGGCCUCCGGUACAAAGGCUUCCAGCUCAUGGAUCUGCCCACGACCGAUAUAUCGAAAUACUUCCAUAUCGCCGCCAACUUUAUCGACGAAGGGGUCUCUAGCGGAGGUCGCGUUCUGGUUCACUGCCUGAUGGGGGUGUCCCGGUCGGCCACGUGCGCGCUGGCCUUCCUGAUGAUCAAGCGCGGCAUGUCGCUGACCGAGGCGCUGGCCACGGUGCGCUCGCGGCGCGACAUCCACCCCAACGAGGGCUUCCUCCGCCAGCUGCAGCUGCUGGACCGAGAACUCCGCGUGUCCCGCAUCCGCUGACCUCACACCCCCCUGCAGCCCCGCUACAGUUUCUCCUUCGAAAUUGGAUACGGUCGGAAUCGGGUGCGCAGUCUGGAUCGCGCGUACUCGAGUCGCUACUGACCGGUGCGGUGACUCAUUCUCUUUUGACCGCGUCUAAUUUUAACAUAACUGUUGGGCUCCAAUGAAAGAACGUUAUUUCGAUGACUUUUUAACAUAACCUUGGCCAUAAACCUAGUGGACGAUAUUUCGUGUUUAUGUCCAAAGAUUAUUUUUAAAUAUUUACGAAUAAAUUGGAUAUAGGCAAAUAUUGAUUAAUAUAAAUAAUAUUCUGAACAAAUACAUAUAUUUUAUGAAAUAUUUGAAACAAAUAAUUUACAAUAUACCGACAAACACGUAACUGUCUUCAAAUGAGUUGUCUAAGAAUGUGUAUUUUUAAACAUAGAAAAUUGGAUACUUACUGAUAGUUCUGAAUGAAUUCUAUAUUCUCGUGUGCCAUUUUGUUUUGUUGAAUUCUAUAUUCUUGUAAGACAAAACGGGUGUUUAUCUUGAACUUGUUAGUAAUAGUAUUAAGCGAAGUUAAGUCCAUUUAAUAGGUAAUUUAAGAUGUUAAAGCUUUUAGUGGAUAAUUGAAAUCUCUUAACUAUAGUACAAUUCUCUAGCCUUAUAGUCAUGUGAUGACUUGUAUCAUGUUUCUGUCUGUAAUCUUCGGUCAAGGUGUGUAGAGUAGAAUUGUUUUAAGUUGUUUUACGAAGACUGGUACGAUAAUGGUUAUGGCACUUGUUAGCUGUUUCGUUCGGUAGUGGUACGCUUAGCAUUUGUGUCAUUGCCGCGCACGUGUGGCGAGUGCGCGGGCGCACGCCUGGUCUGGCGUCUGCCAACAUGUGAUAUUUGGCUGCACAUUUGUGUCACUAUUCAAAAUAUUUCAUUGUGAGAAUAUACUUUAAUAUCAUUUCUCUCACCACGAAUCAAACAAUUACCCUGUCUGUUAAUACAUAGUAAGAAACUUGGCAGAGAACAUUUAUUAAAUAUGUUAAAUCAAAUCAGAAGAUAAAACUUUGAAUCAUUAUUUUUUUAUAGUGAUACUGUGAUCAUUAAAAGCUAGUCUGCGUGUAAGUGCAAUAUUUAGAUGUGAUAAGUACCAAAGGAAGCAAAUAUUGU